AUGGAUUCAUCCAAAGAUAGAAUGGAAGACUUGGCUUCGUUGUUUUUACCAGAUAUCAUGAACCCUUCCAAUGUCACAUCUCCACAAUCUGGUGCCUCGAGAAUCUUGAAAAAUGAGGAGUACGAUAUGAAUUCUAAUUUCUCAACCUCAAAAAGUGAUCUCAAUAGUAACACAAACAAUGACAAUAACAGUUCCAAUUCAUCACAACCAAGUAGUUUCCAAGACUUCCUUAAUAAUAACAAUUUCAUAAAUAGACAGCCUGAUCUAGAUCAAUCAGUUCACCAACAAUCACAGGUACAACAAUCACAGCUGCAACAGUUCCCCCACACAAGUCAUUAUUCAUCAUUUAAUACUUAUGAUCCAGGAUUAUCUCAACAUUUAUUUAACUACAACCCAAACUUGCAACUGGUUUAUCAACAACAAGGCUUAUCAUCACAGCAACAAUCUAAUGCAUUCCAGAGAUCAAACUCAUAUUUGAACAAGUUCCCUACAGAUUACGAUGAAUGGCUUGCGAGUGCUGGUAAUAGUGUUGCAAAUUUGAAUAGUCUAUAUCAACAACAACAGCAACAACAUCAACAGCAGCAGCAGCAACAACAAUUUUUUCAACUGCAAAUACUACAGCUGCAGCAAAUUCAACCUUUACAUCCAAUAAAGUCACAAACUCCAGAACUACAAUCAUCUGUUGAUCCAAGAAGUGGUUCAUCAACUCCAAAGAGAAAGAAAGCAAAGGGUAGAAAGCGUGACAUGAAGAAUCUUGAAGUUGAGAUUGAUUACAAGACUACAAAGUUGAAGAGAUUGCUUGAUUUCAAACAAUCUGGAUCUACUUCUUCCAAUGAUUACAAGAUUAUUGAUAAGAAUAAUAAUGAGAUUUGUAUUGACUUUAAUGGGUUUUUGAAUGGAAGAUUUUUGACUAAUGAUAUUGACAAUAAUAAUUAUAUUUUCACCAAGAAUGAAUUACAAAGAAAUGAAGAUGAUCCACCAAGGGUCACCAACAAGAAGGAAGACCCUCAGGUCGUAUCUUGCUAUAGACGAAACUAUAUUCAAAUAUCCAUCAAUAUGAACAUACACGGGUUUAAAGACGACUCCAAGCUAUUGAAACUUCAAACUAGUGAAUAUGGUUAUACAACAACAAGAGUCAUCAAGUAUUUCAAGAUUGAAGUAUUGGCUGCUACUAAUAUCUCCAACAACAAGAAUGUUCCUAUAAUAAUCAAGAACGACCCCAAGGAUCUAGAGAAAGAAAAGGAAAAGGAGGCUAAAAAGCAACAAUUUCAUGCCAGUUAUGAACACAAAGAUGAUUUGGUUCAACCUACAUUUAUCAACACCCAUGAGCAUGUCAUAAUCCUAAAUAAUGAAACCAUUGAGAAUGGCGGAAUUGACAAAUACUUUGUUGUCAAAAAGCUACAAUUCAAGAAUGCUACUCCAAACAACGGUAAUUUGACAUUCCAGAAUUACUACCACUUGAAAGCAAAGUUGAGUUGUAUUGUGGCUGAUAUCUACUACGAUGAUUAUGAUAUUGAUGUUGAUACUGAAGGUAAUAACAACAAUGAAAUUUUGUUGGCUGAAUUGGUUAGUGAACCAAUCAUUGUUCGUGGUCGUAAUCCAAGUUUCUAUGCUGAAAGAAACGAUAUUUUAAUUAAAGGUAGAUCUGCUACAUCCAAAAGAGCAUUUAGGAUUGCUGCACAAGCUUCACUUGAUCGCAAACUACAUGUUGAUGACGAUGAUGGUAGUGGUAGUGCUGGCGGUCAAGAGUAUGUUCAUGGUGGUGAUGAUUAUAUGGAUCAUGAAGAUCAGGAUGAUGGUGGUGAUGAUGAUGGGAACUCUACAAAUAUCAAUCAGAUGAACAAUAGCGGCGACGAUGAAGAUGAUGGCGGUGCUACUGGUAGUACCGGUGGUGGUGUUGGUAACUCGGGAUAUGAAGGUUCAAAUAGUGGACAAGGAAUGCUGUUACAAUCUAAUGAAAAUAUGGACGAAAAUUCACCCAUAUCUACUGCAAAUGGUGAAGAGAGAUAUAGCUCCGAAGCUCCUCCAUUAUCGUAUUCUACAAAUCAAUUGGCGAUGGAUGUCAAAUCAGUUGAUAAGUACAAAUACUAUCCAAUUAAUAAUGUCUACUAUUUACCUCCAAUCAAUGUGGUUUAUUUCCCACAUAGAGCUCAUCAUCAAUCACAAAGAGAAGAUCAAGAUCAACCACCUAUUAUAUCUGAUUCUAGAAAGAGUUCAAACGUUUAUUUCAAGUAA